GUUGGUGGGGUUUAUUUCCCAGAAGCUAGCCUCAUACUGAGGUCUAUUGUUUUAAGCUAAAUUUGAAUAUAUCAAAAUUGGUCUUUUGUCUACUAAAACUGCGAAAUAUGGAAGCAAGGCCAGUUUUGAAAGCACUGAAAGCUGCUGUGAUUUCUCAGAAUUGGUAGAAAACUAGAAAUUGCUCAGAAUGCAAAAAGUUGCUCGAAAUACGAGAAGUUUGUGGAAAGACUGGUACGGGGAAAAUUGGCGCGCGAGAUCAGUGAAGCUUCAAACAAGUCACGUGGUCCAGUAGUACCACAUGGCACAUGGAAACAAAAUGGCGGAAAAAAUUCUGCGAUUUUAUAGUUUUCCGGCUCUAUCGUCUGGAAGACACGCUGUAACACUUUCUAAGUUGAAAUCAGCGUCAUCUAGACUAGAAAUCACUGAUCUAUCGACUGAAAUAUGCUUUAAUGUCAGUGUGCAAGGAAAUGAUGGGUUAGACGAUGUUGAACUGAAGAAUUUAUUAUGGCUGUUAACGAAUUCUUUCGGGGAAGAAAACGUUCGAGACACUUCGUUCCUAGAGGAAUCAAAACCCGCAGAAGGUUGUAGCGGAGUGCUGAUCGAAAUUGGGCCAAGGCUAAACUUUUCUACGGCUUGGUCAACGAAUGCUGUAUCCAUUUGCAGAUCAAUAGGUUUGGAAAAGAUUGAUCGCAUCGAAAAAUCAUGCCGGUACUUGAUUCAACUCGCGCCAAAAGACAAGAAUGAUUCGAGGCGUAUCACGAAAGACGAAGAAAAAGCAUUGGCCGCUAAACUUCAUGACAGAAUGACUGAAUGUCGUUAUGAAAAGCCGUUGACGAGUUUCAAGAUAGAUGUUCGUGCAGAGAGCUGUUACGAAGUCAAUGUUAUGGCUGAAAGUCGCGCUGCGCUAGAGAAAGUCAACCGAGAUUUAGGACUGGCUUUCGACGAUUGGGAUCUCGAUUAUUACACUAAAUUAUUCCAAGAACAGGUUAAAAGAAACCCAACUAGUGUUGAAUGUUUUGAUUUGGCUCAAUCAAACAGCGAGCAUUCACGCCAUUGGUUCUUUAAAGGAAGAUUGACAGUUGAUGGACAGGAGGUGGAAGAUUCGCUGAUGAAAAUGGUGAUGAAAACACAAGCAACUAGUAACAACAACAGUGUUAUAAAGUUUAGUGAUAACAGCAGUGCCAUCACUGGUUACCAAGUCCCUGUACUGUUGCCCCAAAACUGCACUCAAGCUGCCAAGUUUCAAUUAAAACAGGACUGUACCAGGCACAUUAUCUUCACUGCAGAAACGCACAACUUCCCAACAGGUGUAGCGCCAUUCUCUGGAGCAACAACUGGUACAGGAGGGCGGAUACGAGACGUCCAGGCUGCGGGGCGAGGUGCUCAUGUUGUCGCUGGUACUGCAGGAUAUUGCUUUGGCAAUCUCCAUAUCCCAGGUUAUGAACUUCCUUGGGAAGAUGAAAAAUUUGUUUAUCCAAAUAACAUGGCUCCUCCUGUCGAGAUUGCUGUAGAGGCCAGCAAUGGUGCCUCCGACUAUGGUAAUAAGUUUGGUGAACCAGUGCUUGCUGGAUUUGCUAGAUCAUUUGGUAUGAUGCUGCCAAAUGGAGAGCGACGUGAGUGGGUUAAGCCAAUCAUGUUCAGUGGUGGUAUUGGUAUGAUUGAUGGAGAGGGUGUGUCUAAACUAGAACCUGAAAAAGGUAUGGAAGUUGUCAAAGUUGGCGGACCAGUGUAUCGUAUAGGUGUUGGUGGUGGUGCUGCCUCAUCAAUUCAGGUUCAGGGAGACAAUGAAUCAGAGCUGGACUUUGGUGCUGUCCAACGCGGCGAUGCUGAAAUGGAACAGAAACUGAACAGAGCUAUAAGGGCAUGUAUUGAGAUGGGAUCUAGUAACCCAAUCUGCAGUAUUCAUGACCAAGGAGCUGGAGGAAAUGGAAAUGUGCUUAAAGAGAUAUGUGAACCUGCUGGGGCUGUCAUUAGAGUGAAAGACUUCAUUCUUGGUGACCCAACCAUUUCUGUUUUGGAACUGUGGGGUGCAGAGUACCAAGAAAGUAAUGCCCUGUUAGUGCACGCUGAAAAUAGGGAUCUGCUUCAAGGAAUCUGUGACAGAGAGAAGGUGCCGGUGUCCUUUGUAGGAGCAAUCACAGGUGAUGGAAAAAUUGUACUGGAAGAUGAACACAACAUGGGUUUAAACAACGGACUGUCUUCCAAAGAAAAUGGUGUGCCAAGCAAGCGCCAAAGAACAACUGCACAUCCUGUUGACUUGGAACUUGAAGUUGUGUUGGGCAAAAUGCCAAGAAAGGUUUUCAAGUUGGAGAGGGUAGAGUCAAAAUUGGAGCCAUUAUGUAUACAAAGCAACCUUACAGUGAAAGAAAUGUUGGAAAGAGUUUUACGUUUACCGGCUGUUGCAAGCAAGAGAUACCUCACAAAUAAGGUUGAUCGAAGUGUGACAGGUUUGGUUGCUCAGCAACAGUGUGUAGGUCCCUUGCAUACUCCAGUGGCUGAUGUGGCAGUGACAGCACUGACAUACUUUGACACUGUGGGCUCCGCAACUGCCAUUGGUGAACAGCCAAUCAAAGGGUUAGUUGACCCAGCCUGUGGGGCCCGCAUGGCUGUGGGAGAGGCUCUGACAAACUUGGUUUUUGCAAGAAUAUCUGAUCUUAAGGAUGUUAAAUGCAGUGGCAACUGGAUGUGGCCUGCUAAACUGCCAGGAGAAGGAGCGACUUUGUAUGACGCUUGCGCAGCCAUGUGCGAUGUGAUGGCAUCGCUAGGCAUUGCUAUCGAUGGUGGAAAAGAUUCUCUAAGCAUGGCUGCCAGGGUUGGUGAAGACACAGUCAAGUCUCCUGGCUCACUUGUCAUUUCAGUGUAUGCUGGGUGCCCUGACAUCUGUGCCACGGUCACCCCUGACCUGAAGAUGCCUGAUGGAAAGGGGAAUCUACUGUGGGUCAGGUUUGGUGGUGUUUCUAAACACAGACUGGGAGGAAGCGCAUUGGCACAGGUUUACAACCAGUUAGGAAGCGAGGCACCUGAUUUAGAUAAUGCUAAGAUAUUCGAGGCAGCGUUUAGAACAACACAAGAGCUAAUAUCUCAGAGGCAGAUUCUCUCUGGCCAUGAUGUCAGUGAUGGGGGACUGGUUACCACCCUAUUGGAGAUGGCCUUUGCUGGCAAUUGUGGCCUGUCCAUUGAUAUCCCGUGCCCAGAACACUUCAUUGCAACAGUGAACAAGGUGGCCGAUGUUCUGUUCGCUGAGGAAUUGGGAAUUGUAUUAGAAAUAAAGGAAGAGGACACAGAGACGGUCAUGAACGCUUUCCUUUCGAAGAACAUUCCAUGUCUUCAAAUAGGGACAUCAAGCGGGUUGGGAGAAGAUGCGGUUGUGUCGGUGCGGGUCGGAGGUGAACUUGUGCUGGAACAUAACAUGGUUGACUUGCGAAACAUCUGGGAGGCCACGAGCUUUCAGCUAGAGCGACUGCAGACCAAUCCACAGUGUGUAAUGGAAGAGGAGGCUGGUCUUUGUAAAAGGCACGCUCCGGAAUACAAGCUGUCGUUUGAACCAGUGCCAUCAUCUCCACUGAGUGAUAAACAUCCUAAGGUGGCCAUAAUACGGGAAGAAGGAAGCAAUGGCGACAGAGAAAUGGUGGCUAGCUUUCACAUGGCUGGGUUUGAAGCGUGGGACGUCACCAUGAAUGACCUGUGCAGUGGAUCAGUGAAGCUGGAUGACUUCCGUGGAGCAGUGUUCGUGGGUGGGUUUAGCUAUGCUGAUGUUCUAGGCUCUGCCAAAGGAUGGGCGGCGGUGUGUAAUAUAAACGCCACUGUACGUUCCCAGCUGGACGCCUUCUUCUCCAGAGAGGACACCUUCAGCUUGGGAGUGUGUAACGGUUGUCAGCUGAUGGGCCUGUUAGGCUGGGUUGGUCGGGAUACUCUGACAGCACAGAGAGAUGACUCAAAGCAGGGCGUUUGCUUCACUCACAACAUCUCAGAACGCUUUGAAUCUCGUUUUGUCACCGUCUCCAUCCAGUCUAGUCCUGCCAUGAUGUUCCGUGGCAUGGAGGGAUCUGUCCUGGGUAUCUGGGUAGCACAUGGCGAAGGUCGAAUCCAAUUCCGCAGCGACAGUGUACUUCAAGACAUCAAGGCCGACAACUUAGUACCUUUGUGCUUUGUGGAUGAUGACGGUUGUUCCACAAUGCCUACAGAUGGUGCAUGGAGACUCGGGUUGAUGCCUAACAAGGUUCAACGUUCACGUAGCUUGUUUGUAUUUAAGGAAUCACGACUGUCUCCGCCAAAUCGCGAGGCUGUGUAUUAA